AUGGCAAAUACCGACGAGAUCGUGAACGGCACGCAACGUGCCCACCAAAUGAUCCACAUGCCCCCGCUGGAGCCCUCGGAGGUCACGGCGUGGUUCACGCUGUUGGAGAUGCAAUUCGAAGACUUGGAUCUCACGGACGACAAGCGGAAGUUCCUGACCCUCGCCAGGUGCCUCGGCGGUCAGUACCUAUCGCAUAUCGAGGACGUGAGGAAGAGGACACCAGAGGCUGAACGGUACGAAAAAUUAAAAGACGAAAUCAUCCGAGAGCUGGCUGAUACAGCCAGCACGAGAUUACGCAAGCUGCUGACUUCCGAAGAGAUGGGCGAUAGAAAGCCGUCCCAAUUCUACCAUCACCUAAGGAGACUAGCCAGCCCCUCCUUGCCGAACGAUUUCCUCCUCACGCUCUGGAGGAAGCGACUUCCGGACUACCUCGACAUCGGCCUGGCCGCAGUGGACAAUACCGACGUAGAGAAGUUGAUGCGGGCAGCCGACCGGAUCUACGAAACGCGUUUACUGAGAAGACAGAAGGCCGCCGUUGUCGAGACCGAAAGAACAGGGGGUGAACGGCGAAGUGGCACCUCAGGAUCGUCGGACGACAGGCUCUCCCGAAUAGAGGCCCAAAUCGAGGCACUGCGCCGCUAUCAACGUCCAAACACGAGAGGGCACAGACCGCGCCCACGAGGAGAACGUCGCAACUAA